UCAUCAAGUCUAUUGAUGCCUCCGCCCAUUGCAAGAAUGCCACCUACCUAUGUGAGCAGAUAGAGGAGGUGAUUAAUGAGGUGGGUGAAGAGAACGUGGUACAGGUGGUGACUGACAAUGCACCAAAUUAUGUUGCUGCAGGCAGACUAUUGAUGGAGAGGCGCCCAUCUAUAGUUUGGACUCCAUGUGCCGCCCAUUGCAUUGACCUCAUGUUAGAGGAUAUUGGAAAACUUCCAUGGGUCAAGACAUGUGUAGAAAAGGCAAGAAAUGUGUGCAAAUUUGUAUAUAAUCAUUCAUGGGUGUUGGCUCUUAUGAGACAAUACACAGAGCAUAAGGAGUUAGCUCGUCCAGGAAUCACAAGAUUUGCCACAAACUUCAUCACAUUGCAAUCCAUGCUUCGUUGUAAGAUGGCCUUGAGACGUAUGAUUGUUGGUGAGGAGUGGUCUUCCUCAUCCUAUGCUGCCACCCCAGUAGGGAAAGAUAUGGCAGACUGCAUUUUUGAUGAGCGAGGCUUUUGGAGCCCUUGUGAUGAGAUAGUGGAGGUAAUUUUUUUUAUAAAUUCUACAAUUUUUAUUUAACUUUUUGUUUUAUAACUUAUUCAUCAUAUUCUCUUAUUUGCUCAUGUUUUAAAUUACACAAUAUUUUCAAUUUUACAGUUUGUUAAGCCCUUGGUGGUUUUGUUGCGA